AUGAAAUGUUUCAUCCUACCAGAAAUGUUCUUCUCACGUUUGAAAUAUCGUCGUAAUAUCAUUAAAUCUGCCAUAUCCUAUGUGACAUUUAUUUUCUUUCAUUGGCAUCACCGUAUACAUCUAUAUACGUAUCUAAUCGUAACAUGUAUUGCUUGUUGUGUGUCCUAUUAUCAACCAUUUGGUCUUUUAUUCAAUGUAACACGUGUUGUACCAGAAAAUCAGGCGACUGAUGCUGUUCGAAAUAAGUUAAUUCUCAAGCAAAAACAAGAGCAGCGAGAGGCUUACGAAUGGCUUGAUAACGUGUGGAAAAAUCCGAGAAAUUACUCUCAUAUCAUCUCGACUCACAGUGAACAAUCACGAUUUUAUGAUUUUUUACAAAUUAAGUCAUACGAUUCUCGUUUAUCGUCAUAUCAACUGUUUCAUCAACCCGUAUCGAAACCAGUGUACAAUGUGACAAGUGUCACCGAGCAAAUUGUUAUCUCGAUUUUAUACAGUCGACAAGAUACCGACCAUCGUGAAGGCAAAUUUUAUGUUGGUCAAGUACUGUAUCAACUACUGAAGAACUAUCAUUCACGUUUUAUCAUUACCUUGUGCGAGAAUAACAAUUCGAAUGAUAAAAUUUCCGAUGAAAUCGAUCUUAUUCGACGUUUAGUACCUGUUUUUAUUGUGAAUACGAUUUCCCCGAAUGGAAUAUUUGAUAUGUACGAACAAGAAAAACAGGCACAUUUACAGUGUAUUCUCGCAAAUUUUCAAUCAUUUUCUCACGUGAACUAUUUCCUGUUGUUACAAGACGAUGCGGAGCCGGUUCAUGAGAACUUCUAUUCACGAUUAGUGUCAUUGAUUGACUCGCGUGUUAAACAUCAAUGGCCAGAAGAUGGUCCACGAAAACAUCCAGCUUUUGUGAAAAUUUACCACCCGAGAUGGUUAAUUGACUAUCUGCAUCCAUCAUUGUACAUUAUUGUACAAUUAAUUGCUACAAGUCUCUUUCUGACAUUCAUGUCUUUCAUCGCUUUUCAUACCUUUCAAAUGAUAAAACAAAACAAGAGUAAAUAUAGUAAUCAUCAUACACAUGGCACAUCUUACAAUUUUGUUACGAGACAACUACAAUAUUUUAUCUUUUAUUUUCUUUUGAUAACAUUGACACUUAUUUUAUUGAAUCAUUCCAAUGUCUCUUGGUCAUGGCGCUCCUUACAUCCGUCCUUUUACGCAAUAUACCCAGCACCCUCUUGUUGUUUACCAGGUGUACUCUACUUUCGACAAACUUAUCAGCAAGUCAUCGAUUAUUUGAACAGUGUGAAAUGUCAUAAUGGAUACGCGAUCGAUACAGCGUUUGAUGAUCUACCAAAACGAACUCAAUUGCAAACUUACUUAGUAGAACCUAAUCUAGUGCAUCAUAUUGGCUUAUAUUCACGACUUCGACAUGUGUAUAUUAAUCCAUAUCUAUUGGAUUAA